AUUUCUUCAUAUAAGAUCUACUGAGCCAGGUAACAGAAAUGCCAUUCUUUAAGGGUCUUAACACAGAUGUCCCUUCCUAUGGGACUGAACACUGUAAGCAGGUCCCACCAGGGGACCCAAAGCAGGAGACACCUGUGUCUGCCCUCCCAGGUGGUGAUUCUGUGCCCUUUCACUGGAAUUCAGCAAACUUUCCCCUGCAGCAACUGGCUGGAUGAGAAGAAAGUGGAUGGGCUGGUCGAGAGACAGCUCUAUGAGAUGGUAUCUCUGAGGAAGAAGCGGCUGAAAAAAUUUCCUUGGUCUCUGUGGGUCUGGACGACUGACCUGAAGAAAGCUGGUACCAACUCUCCCAUCUUCAUCCAGAUUUAUGGACAGAAGGGGCGGACGGAUGAGAUUCUUCUGAAUCCCAACAACAAAUGGUUCAAACCAGGCGUAGUUGAGAAGUUCAGGGUUGAGCUCCCAGAUCUGGGCAGAUUUUAUAAGAUUCGAGCAUGGCACGAUAGAAGGAAUCCUGGUUCUGGAUGGCAUUUAGAAAGGAUGACCCUGAUGAACACUCUGAAUAAGGACAAAUAUAACUUCAAUUGUAACCGCUGGCUGGAUGCCAAUGAGGAUGACAAUGAGAUCGUGAGGGAAAUGACUGCAGAAGGCCCAACAGUGCGGAGGAUAAUGGGCAGUGGCUGGACAAGGAUAAGGAUGAUGGGCAGCUGGUCCGAGAGCUUCUGCCCAGUGACAGCAAUGCUACACUGAAGAAUUUCCGCUAUCACAUCAGUGUGAAGACCGGGGAUGUUUCUGG